CCCGUGAGUUAGGUCAUUAUUAAUGAUUUAUUUUAAAUGCUACGAAAUGUUUACUUUAUAGUUCUUCUUCAAGCGUUCAAGUAUUCAGUUCACACUAUGAUUCUAGUUUAUUUUGCGGCUAUCGCACUGGCCACAGUGCAGGCAGCCGAGGAGAAAUGUGAUGGCGUCACUAUUAACGGACAUAUGCACACAAAAGAAGUAUUAAAAACAAAUGUAGACAGCCCAUAUCAAUUUAGUAUCGACUACACGACGAAUACAUUAUUCUUUAGCUAUUCAACUCAUACCAAAGAUGAAAGAUUUCAGUUGGCAUAUCUAAAUUUGGAUAAUAAAGAAUUUAACACUGUGUCUGCUAUUAAAGAUGGAUUCGCAUCAGCUGUUGACCAAGAUAAAGGUAAAGUGUAUUUAGGAGCUAAAGGCGGUGUUUACAAUUUUAAUUUAAAAACAAAAGAAGCUAAUCUAUUAGCAUCGACAAGUCAAAGUAUAUGGCAAAUGUUCUACAAAGACGGACUAUAUUACAGUACUUACCCAAAGGAAGAAGCAUAUUUAUAUAAAGACGGUGUAAUUAACAGAGUUGAAGAAUUAAAAGAUACACGAGCUAUGCUGAUCGCUCUAGAUGAGAAUAAAAACAUCUAUUAUUCCAAUUCGUCUGGUUUAUUUAAAUAUAACAAAUCGAAUAAGGAAAUAUUGAAUUUAAGCGAUGAUGUAGUCAAUGGCAUGAAUACAGAUGCUAAUGGUAAAUUAUAUUUCACAUCGCCUAAUGGUAUUUUUAGAAUUAAUGAUAAAUUAAAUACUAUAGAUCGUUUAGUUACAUUAGAAAACGUAUAUGCUGCAGCUAUAGAAAAAGAUGGCAAUAUAUUAUGUGGCACCGAUGAAGGAAUUGUAAGAUUUAAAAAAAAUAAAUGUCAUUUGUAAAAUUUGUUAAAAACAGUUCAAAUCAACACAGUGCUGGGAUAACAUUUUGUGUUAUAAAUAUUUAUGUUUUUAAUAUAAUCUUAUCGUAUUAUAAAAAUAAUUGUAAUC